AUGUGGCGGCGUCAUGUGACACUGCACAGCACACAGUAUGCUCAGUAUGUGACACUGCACAGCACACAGUAUGCUCAGUAUGUGACACUGCACAGCACACAGUAUGCUCAGUAUGUGACACUGCACAGCACACAGUAUGCUCAGUAUGUGACACUGCACAGCACACAGUAUGCUCAGUAUGUGACACUGCACAGCACACAGUAUGCUCAGUAUGUGACACUGCACAGCACACAGUAUGCUCAGUAUGUGACACUGCACAGCACACAGUAUGCUCAGUAUGUGACACUGCACAGCACACAGUAUGCUCAGUAUGUGACACUGCAAAGCACACAGUAUGCUCAGUAUGUGACACUGCACAGCACACAGUAUGCUCAGUAUGUGACACUGCACAGCACACAGUAUGUGACACUGCACAGCACACAGUAUGCUCAGUAUGUGACACUGCACAGCACACAGUAUGCUCAGUAUGUGACACUGCACAGCACACAGUAUGCUCAGUAUGUGACACUGCACAGCACACAGUAUGCUCAGUAUGUGACACUGCACAGCACACAGUAUGCUCAGUAUGUGACACUGCACAGCACACAGUAUGCACAGUAUGUGACACUGCACAGCACACAGUAUGUGACACUGCACAGCACACAGUAUGCUCAGUAUGUGACACUGCACAGCACACAGUAUGCUCAGUAUGUGACACUGCACAGCACACAGUAUGCUCAGUAUGUGACACUGCACAGCACACAGUAUGCUCAGUAUGUGACACUGCACAGCACACAGUAUGCUCAGUAUGUGACACUGCACAGCACACAGUAUGCUCAGUAUGUGACACUGCACAGCACACAGUAUGCUCAGUAUGUGACACUGCACAGCACACAGUAUGCUCAGUAUGUGACACUGCACAGCACACAGUAUGCUCAGUAUGUGACACUGCACAGCACACAGUAUGCUCAGUAUGUGACACUGCACAGCACACAGUAUGCUCAGUAUGUGACACUGCACAGCACACAGUAUGUGACACUGCACAGCACACAGUAUGCUCAGUAUGUGACACUGCACAGCACACAGUAUGCUCAGUAUGUGACACUGCACAGCACACAGUAUGCUCAGUAUGUGACACUGCACAGUGUUAUGACCCAGGUAAUUGUGAUUACCUGGGUCUCCAAGAGAACAUAUCUUAUACACCCAUCUCAGAUGAUAGGAUGUGUAUGA